AUGGGUCUCUCCCAGAAGUUCACACCCAAGAUGGGUGCCGUUGCGAAGAGCAGGGCCGAUGUCGAAGCCGCGCAGGCUGAAGCACCUCAUCUGAAGCAGGUCAACUGGAGGUCCGAUGCUGGUCUCCGCAAGCUCUACUUCUACGCCUUCUUCAUCUGUAUCGCUUCUGCGACUACCGGUUACGAUGGUUCCAUGUUGAACAACCUGCGUAUCCUACCCCGAUGGACCGACUACUUCAACGAUCCGAAGGGAGACACUCUUGGUCUCUUGACUGCUCUUUAUUCUAUCGGUUCGAUCGCUUCGCUUCCUGUCGCUCCCUUUGUUGCCGAUCGUUUCGGACGUCGAGCAUGCAUUACUUUUGGAUGCGUUAUCAUGAUCGUUGCAGCUUGCAUUCAGGCCGCUGCUAAGAACCUCGACUACUUCAUGGGUGGGCGUUUCCUCAUGGGUUUUGGAAACUCAUUAGCUCAGCUGUCUUCUCCUCUACUUCUCACCGAACUUUGCCACCCUCAACAUCGUGCUCGUGUCACUGCGGUCUACAAUUGCUUGUGGAACGUUGGUGCCAUUGUUUGCACCUGGUUGACUUUUGGUACCAAGCGCAUCGACAGUGACUGGUGCUGGCGCGUUCCCGCUCUUACUCAGGCUGCACCUUCCAUCAUUCAGCUGGCCGCCAUCUGGUUUAUCCCCGAGUCUCCGCGUUGGUUGAUCGCCAAGGAGAGGAACGAGGAGGCCCUUGCAAUCCUUGCCAAGUACCACGCAAACGGUGAUGCCAACAACGCUACAGUUCAGUUCGAAUACGCCGAGAUCAAAGAGACCCUCCGCCUCGAGUUCCAGUACCAGAAAACUUCCAGCUACCUUGAUUUCUUCAAGACCAAGGGUAACCGGUACAGACUUAUGCUUCUCGCAUCGCUUGGUCUCUUCUCUCAGUGGUCCGGCAACGGUCUUGUCUCCUACUACGCUACCGAUGUUUACAACUCCAUUGGUAUCACCGACCCUGACACCCAGCUUGGCAUCAAUGGUGGACUUACUAUCCUCUCUCUCAUCGUCUCAGUCUCUUGUGCUCUACUCGUUGAUCGCGUUGGUCGUCGCCCGCUCUUCAUCUCCGCUACCGCAGCCAUGUGCGUCACCUUCAUCGUCUGGACGAUUGCUUCGUCGCAGCAAGAGGCUACUAAGAGCAAGGCUGCUGGUCAGGCUGUCAUUGCCAUGAUCUGGAUCUUCUCUGUUGCUUACGCGUUGGCUUGGUCUGGUCUGCUCGUCGCCUACACAGUUGAGAUCUUGCCCUUCAAGAUCCGUGCGAAGGGUCUGAUGAUUAUGAACUUGUUCAUCCAAGUUGCUCUGACUAUCAACCAAUACGUCAACCCCUUGGGAUUCGACCAUCUUCACCCCACUUGGAAGCUCUACACUAUCUACGCUUGCUGGAUCUUCCUUGAACUCGUCUUCGUCACUGUCUUCUACGUCGAGACCCGUGGUCCCACUCUUGAAGAGGUCGCCAAGAUCUUCGAUGGUGAUGAGGCUGAGGUUGCUCACGUCGACAUUGAGGUGGUUGAGAAGAACGUCAUGACUUCUGGUUACGAGAAGGAUGACAACGUCCACGUUGAGCAAGUUCGCUCAUCCUCUUAG